UGAGGAAAUAUGUACACAAAUAAAGCUUUCGCGUUUUUUCUCCGAUUGAACAAAACAAAAUAAAUAAUUUAUAAAGUUGUGAAGAAAGAAAUUUUGAUUAAACGAAAACUGCUUUUAAUUUGUACUUCCAUUAAAAAUUCGGCUUGAGAUUUUUGUGCUAGCAAAGGGAUGUAAAGGCAUUUUAAGCGAAAAUUGCAGUGCAAAAGUAUAAACGACUACAUUGCAGUGGUGUAGUGCUGUAUGUUUGAUGGGUGGGGGGCUUGCCGCUGAGAUUGUGAGAGUGAGGCAUUUAAGAGCAUAAAUGCUUUAAUAAUUUAUAAAAGGUGUGGAUUGUUGUUGCGGUGUCAGUGCGGUGGGGGAUAACUAUUGUACAAAGAUCAUUGGGGAAAGAGCGAAAUAUAUUUGUGGUAUCCAAAAUAAAAGAGAAUAACGUUUAUGGCCGAAAGUAAAGGAACCAUGUUGGCGAAAUCCGUACAAAAACACGCUGGACGUGCCAAAGAAAAGAUUUUACAAAAUUUGGGUAAAGUCGAUCGGACUGCAGAUGAGAUUUUCGAUGAUCAUUUGAACAAUUUCAAUCGCCAACAACAAAAUGCCAAUAGAUUACAAAAAGAAUUCAAUAACUACAUUAGAUGUAUAAGAGCUGCACAAAUUGCAUCCAAAUCAUUGAUGGAUGCUAUUUUUGAAAUUUAUGAACCCCAAUGGAGCGGCUAUGACGCUUUGAAUGCACAAGUCCAAUCAUCCGAAUCAUUAUGGCAAGAUUUCGCUCACAAACUGGCCGAUCAAGUAUUGAUACCCUUGAAUACUUAUACAGGACAAUUCCCCGAAAUGAAGAAAAAAGUCGAAAAGCGCAACAGAAAACUCAUCGAUUAUGAUGGGCAACGCCAUUCUUACCAAAGUCUACAAGCCAAUUCCAAUAAACGCAAAGAUGAUGUUAAACUGAACAAAGGACGUGAACAACUCGAGGAAGCCCGUCGCACAUAUGAACUUUUGAAUACGGAAUUGCAUGAUGAACUUCCAGCAUUGUAUGAGUCGAGAAUAUUGUUUUUGGUUACCAAUUUGCAAACUCUAUUUGCCACAGAACAAGUUUUCCACAAUGAAACGGCUAAAAUCUACUCCGAACUUGAAGCUAUUGUUGACAAAUUGGCUACAGAAUCACAACGCGGCUCAAAUACUCUGAGAAAAGUAACAUCGAAUGCCAUCAAAGCUUCCAGUCCUGUACAAUCCCCAGUCAAACAAAUGAAUGAUGCCAAUCUCAGCAACAACAUUCAAUAUCAAAAUACCAAUGGUUCUACCAAUCCACCAUCACCAAGUACUUCUUCCACACAAGAACCCAGACUUGAUAAUGUCUCUCCAACACCAGAAACAUCUGCGGCAGCUGCCGCUGCUGCCUCAUCGUCUGUGGCAGCAUCAGGAUCAUCAACGCCAGGUUCGCCCAGUGGGCCAACGGCCAUGAGAACAAGUGUUAUAGGCAAUCUGGUGAGUGAUGCCACCGCAGUGGAUGCCACCCCACCACCAGUGCCAACUGCUCCCAUACCACAGAGUCCCAAUGCCAAUGCUAAUGCCAUGCCCGAAUUGGUGGCCCGAAGAUCAGCAACUAACGAGGAUAAACCACAAGCUGAGGUAACCACCACCACCAACACCACAACCAUUAGCAGCAGCACCACCAAAGAUUUUGAUAAGGACAUGAACAAUGCCAUAAGCACAACGAUCACCAAGACCACAGAGACCCUAGUCUCCAAGGAGGGCCAACUAAAUGGCAACAAUAACAACAACAACAACGAUGGCCCCGCCACAAAUGGCAAUGCUUCCAAUGAAUCCGAUUUGACCACUUCUCUGCCCGCCCCCCGUGGCACCAAGACCAACAGUAAUGGCAAUGCCAACACCAUCAUCAGUUCUACGAUCACCACCACAACGACCUCGGCGGCCAGUAGUAGCGCCCAACCCGAAGAGGCCAACAAUAAAAAGCAAUUAGAUGCCACCACCACUGAUUUGCCACCUGGUGUUCUUUAUCGCGUAAAGGCCACUUAUGGCUAUGUCAAGGAGGAUGUCGAUGAAUUGAGCUUCGAAGUGGGCGAUAUCAUACGUGUCAUUGAAUACGACGAUCCUGAAGAUCAGGAGGAAGGCUGGUUGAUGGGUGAGAAAGAAGGUACAACCGAAAAAGGUUUGUUCCCGGCCAAUUUCACAAGGCCCAUCUAGGAAGGACGACAAGGAGGAGGAGUACAGAGAGCUUGCAAUGGCAGCAUUAUCAAACCCAGUCGUAGCCGUAGACGCGGCAUUUACACUAACAAUCAACAACCAGCAGCAGUAAUAACAACAACUACAAAAAGCUGCUACAAAAAGAAAAGCAACAAAAAUUUCAAAUUGUUUUCAGAGAGCAGCACACAAACAAUUUACAAAAGCAGCAACAACAACAAACAACAACAAAAAUCACCGCAAUAAGAAUAAAAGCAAACACAAAACCAAGAUAAAUUAAUUAUUUAUUUAAUUUUAGAAAAACAACAACAACAAUAUUUAAUAAUUGUCAAACAAUAUACAAACAUAUUUAUAUAUAUUUAAAACAAAACCAACAACUACAAAAAACAAAGCAAAUUAAGUUUAGUACAACCAGAAAGAAACAAAAACAAAAAUGGAAAUGAAACAAACCCAGCAACAACAAUUCAAAGAAAUAGAUCUUAGCAAUAGCAGCCGUUUUUUUUAAUUUGAUUAAAAAAAUCCAAAACUUUUGUAGAAAUUUAUAUCUUUUGUGGUUUUUGGAACUCUUCCAAAAAAACACAGACACGCGCAUGCAACCGACGAUGAUUCUAUUUGAUUCAUAUUUUAUUUCUUUUAUUAAGAACAGCAAACAAAUCCUUAAAAACAAAAUCUAAAACUUGAAACAACAUCAACAACCAUAAGAACAAAUUUGUUUUGUUUUUUUAUCAUUUUUGUUUUUAAUUUUAAACUAAAAAACAUUUUCUCUGACAGCAAGUUCUACUGUUUUUAUUUUUUCUUUUUUGUAAUGUUGUUUUAACUUCGUCCUUAGUUUUGUUUUAAUGAGCUUCCAUAGAAAGUUUAUUUUUUUAAUUAUUAUUUUUAUUAUUUCCCUACAUACUACAUAUAUAUAUUUAAUAUAAUCCAUGUAGAGAACCAACGAUAAAACCACAACAACAAUAAAUACAUUGAAAAAAAAAAUACAACAAAAAA